CCGCUGAAUGCAUGCUAAAAGAAGAAGAAAAACAUAACCUCGAAAAAUAUUAUUUGUUUUGUUCUCUUUCAUUUUUCGUUUUCGAAAUAAGUAAAUUAUGGCUGGAGAAGUUGUAGUGGACGCCCUACCGUACAUCGACCAAGGUUACGAUGAACCAGGAGUACGAGAGGCUGCCUUCGCAAUGGUCGAAGAAGAAUGCCGCCGUUACCGACCAACCAAAAACUAUUUGGAACACCUGCCCCCUCUAAACAUAUCCGCCUUCGAAACUCAAAUAAUGCACAACGAAUUUGAGCGGCUGCAAAACCGCCAACCAAUGGAAACGAUUUCAAUGAAACGUUACGAACUUCCGCCGCCCCCUAGCGGCAAACUGAACGAGUUGGGCGCUUGGAUCGAGUGCGUCGACAACUCCCAAGCGCAACUGGAACAUCAAGCUGUCCGAAUUGAAAAUCUACAACUCAUGAUGGAGUAUUGUUGUCCAACUUGGCAACGCUACUUACAGCUGCUGCAAGAUUUGGAAAAACAGGCCACAAAAAAACUAACGGCGCUACGACAAGCGCUGCAAGAAGUCAACUGGCAACGCAAAUCGUUGCAGACCAAAGGGGGCGAGCAACUAAAGAAUUUAGAAGCCAAAUGGGUCGCACUGGUUUCGCAUAAUUACGAAAUCGAACAGGCUUGCGUUAUGGCUGAAGAAUAUAUUGCCAAAAUCCAAAACUAAUCAAUACUGUAUAAUUUUAUUGCUUAUAAAUAAAUUACAUUAACUUAAUUCUAAUUUGCUUGUUCGCAUGCAUCGAUCCAGUCGUUGUAAACGUCAACAGGCUCUGAUAAAAAAUUUAUGGUCGUCUGGAAGUCUUCCAGGCAAACUCUGCAAGUUAUCCGGGCCGUACUACGUCCUUUGUCCAUUUUGACGUCACAACUUUUCUCGUGGUUGCAAAAAGGGCAGUUGAACAGGAUGUCUAGGGGUUCGAUGUUUUUGCGUUUCGGCGGGGGCUUUCUUUUCGACUUUCUACGACCCAUAACUGUUUGUUUGCGAUUUGAAAUAAUCAAUAAACAAACCAAACA